AUGAGUGCCAACCUCUCUUGUCCCCUCGUGGAUAGCAGCCACAUGACUGCUAUGAGAGGCCAUCGUGUUAGGCUGAUUGGGAAGCUAAGUGGCAACGGUACCAAUCAAGGGGAAUUCCACCUCAUGGCCCCCGAUGGAGAGCAAAUACUGUGUAGAUGCCCGGAAGGGAUAUCAGCACCAAGCAGUGGGGACAUAGUAGUGGUCGAGGUUGUAGGGACGGUUAGUGGCGAUAAGGAGAUCGACUUGGAUAUCCCACCUCAAGUCCAUCAAGGGGGAGAUAUUGACCUGCCAAUAAUGGCCAAGGUUAUCGCCCUACAACAUAGGUCCCAUGUCGCCCACUUGUAUGAGGCUGUGCAAGCGUAG